AACGGCGCUGGCAAACGGACGCGUUUUGAAAACUUGCUCUCUCUUCGAUUUCAUUCUGGUUUCUUGGUGUUUGGCUUUUGGCCUGGGAAAGUAAGAAGGUGCGAAGAACAACGACAGCUGCAAGAAUAAUAGAAAUUGCUGGCGAGCAGAAAACAGGAAAUCGGCAGAAAUCAGUUUUGACCAUUCGCAGACUCGCCGCCGACCGAAAAGGACCAUGAUCUUGCGAACGCCACUCGCCGGCCACCAGCUGCUCCUCCUGCCCUCCGUCCUGCUCCUCCCGCUGCUCCUUCCGCUGCUCCUCUUCCGGCCCUGCGAUGCCAAGACGGCCAAUCCCGGGGAUCAGCUGCAGAUGCAGCACCACCAGCUGGCGGCGGAGCAGGGACUGCCGGAGCCCAGGGCCUACAUGCCGGAUGCCCAGCACCUGGACUUCGUCUACCACGACCACGAGGAGCUCACCAGAUUCCUCAGGGCCACCAGUGCCCGGUACCCCAACCUCACGGCCCUGUACUCCAUCGGGAAGUCCAUCCAGGGGCGGGAUCUGUGGGUGAUGGUGGUCAGCUCGUCGCCGUACGAGCACAUGGUGGGCAAGCCGGAUGUGAAGUACGUGGGCAACAUCCAUGGCAACGAGCCAGUGGGCCGGGAGAUGCUGCUCCACCUCAUCCAGUACUUCGUGACCAGCUACAGCUCGGAUCAGUAUGUCAAGUGGCUGCUGGACAACACUCGCAUCCACAUCCUGCCCACGAUGAACCCGGACGGAUAUGCGGUGUCCAAGGAGGGGACAUGCGAUGGUGGCCAGGGAAGAUACAAUGCCCGUGGCUUCGAUCUGAAUCGCAACUUCCCCGACUACUUCAAGCAGAACAACAAACGGGGUCAGCCGGAAACGGAUUCGGUCAAGGACUGGAUAUCCAAGAUCCAGUUCGUGCUCAGUGGAAGCCUCCAUGGUGGUGCCCUGGUGGCCAGUUACCCCUACGACAAUACACCCAACUCCAGGAUCUGCCGUUCGUCCGCCCUGUGCGCGAUGUUCCAGACCUACUCGGCGGCGCCGUCCCUGACGCCCGACGACGAUGUGUUCAAGCACCUGUCCCUGGUCUACGCCCGCAACCACGCCAAGAUGUCCCGGGGCGUGGCCUGCAAGUCGGCGACGCCGGCCUUCGAGAACGGGAUCACGAACGGGGCCGCCUGGUAUCCUCUGACCGGCGGCAUGCAGGACUACAACUACGUGUGGUACGGCUGCAUGGAGAUCACGCUGGAGAUAUCCUGCUGCAAGUUCCCGCCCGCCUACGAGCUCAAGAAGUACUGGGAGGACAAUCAGCUGUCCCUGAUCAAGUUCCUGGCGGAGGCGCAUCGAGGGGUCCAGGGAUUCGUGUUCGAUCCGGCGGGCAUGCCCAUUGAGCGGGCCUCCAUCAAGAUCAAGGGACGCGACGUGGGCUUCCAGACCACCAAGUACGGUGAGUUCUGGCGCAUUCUUCUGCCGGGAUACUACAAAGUGGAGGUCUUUGCCGAGGGCUUUGCUCCUCGCGAGGUGGAGUUCGUGAUUGUGGAGCAGCAUCCCACGCUGCUGAAUGUGACGCUGCAGCCGUCGAAGUUUCUGGUGGCAGCUUCGGGCUCAUCCAUCUCCACUAAAACCUCAACUGCGAAGCAUCUCGUCAAUGGAAAGCUGCAGGUGUCCACCGAAUAGAGGAGAUCCUCCAAUGCCUUGGAGUGAACGGCUGUCGUGUAAAUAAUAGCUAAAGUGCUUGAGGCCUAGGAAGUGCUAUGCAAAUAACCCACUAAAACACCUAUAAACACCUCACUCUUUACUCCUGCACCUUUAUUUUUUAUCGAAUAUGGAGAAUACCCUUGCAGACCAACUCUUUUAUUUGACAGAUUUAUAACCAUUUUAAUUUGAUUGUUAGCCCUAUUUGAGAUAGUUUAACUUGCAGUUUUAUGUAGAUAUAUAAUUUCAGCACUUCUUUGUCAGAUAAAACAUCAGUAUAGGAAAACUGUAGCACAAUGCUUAAUUAUAAUUAUUGAUAUACUCUUUAUAUACAAUUAGUCAGUGAAUUUUUGUCUUAGCUGCAAUGGUAUAUCGAUCCUAAUCUUUGUAAUACCUAAAAACCAGUUUCUAACUAACCAUCAGCUGAGCUAUAUUUAUAAUUCAUUCUUGAAAUAUUUCUUUAGUUAAAUAUAAUUACUGCAGGAGCGAGAAUAACACCCAACAUUUUUAAGAACUCUCUGGUGCAAGGUUUAAUUUAUAAUUUAAUUUAAGUGUUUCUUGGUAAUGAUAUAGUAAAGAGCAAAAUCAAAGACAAAUUGAAA